GAGCACAUGUGUAUGCUUGUCACUGAGGGGCUGGGAGAAGGACUGAGGGAAGUGAGGUAGCUGGCCACAGCCGCCAUAUGCUGACUGGAUUCCUGUUCAUGUGUGUGCAGAGUGCUGGCCGGCUGGGGAACACGCCAUGGGAAGCUCACAUCUCCUCAACAAAGGCAUGCCUCUAGGAAUCAGACCCCCCAUUAUGAACGGGCCCAUGCACCCACGCCCCCUGGUGGCGCUGCUGGAUGGCAGAGACUGCACAGUGGAGAUGCCCAUCCUAAAAGAUGUAGCAACGGUGGCCUUCUGUGACGCCCAGUCCACACAGGAGAUCCACGAGAAGGUCCUCAAUGAAGCUGUAGGGGCUCUGAUGUAUCACACAAUCACUCUGAUGAGGGAAGACUUGGAGAAGUUUAAAGCGCUGCGCAUCAUCGUUCGCAUCGGCAGUGGCUACGACAACAUAGACAUCAAAUCUGCCGGAGAGCUCGGCAUAGCUGUAUGUAACAUGCCAGCAGCAUCAGUGGAGGAGACAGCAGACUCCACGCUCUGUCACAUCCUCACCCUGUACAGACGCACCACCUGGCUGCACCAGGCUCUGCGGGAAGGAACGCGAGUUCAGAGCGUUGAGCAGAUUCGAGAGGUGGCAUCAGGAGCGGCGAGGAUCAGAGGAGAGACGCUGGGACUCAUCGGGCUUGGCCGGGUAGGCCAGGCUGUAGCCCUGCGAGCGAAGGCUUUUGGCUUCAAUGUGAUUUUCUACGACCCGUACUUGGCCGACGGCGUAGAACGAUCUCUGGGACUCCAACGGGUCACCACACUGCAGGACCUUCUCUUCCACUCUGACUGCGUCUCUCUGCACUGUAGCCUAAACGAGCACAACCACCACCUGAUCAACGAUUUCACCAUCAAACAGAUGCGGCAGGGGGCGUUCCUGGUGAACACAGCCAGGGGGGGUCUGGUGGAUGAGAAGGCCCUGGCUCAGGCUCUGAAGGAGGGGAGGAUACGGGGGGCCGCCCUGGAUGUUCAUGAAACAGAACCUUUCAGCUUCAGUCAGGGUCCCCUAAAGGACGCUCCCAACCUGAUCUGCACGCCACACGCAGCCUGGUACAGUGAGCAGGCAUCUCUGGAGAUGAGGGAGGAGGCAGCAAGGGAAAUCCGAAGAGCUGUGACAGGUCGUAUCCCAGACAGUCUAAAGAACUGUGUGAAUAAGGAGUUCCUCACACCCAACAACCACUGGGCAGUCGACCCAGCUGCAGUCCACCCUGAGCUGAACGGGGCCUAUAGGUAUCCACCAGGUGUGGUGAGCUUGCCAGCCGGUGGCCUUCCUCCACCGGUCGAAGGCAUCGUACCAAGCGCUGUUCCGAUCACGCACACCCUCCCGCCCGCUGUCGCACACCCACCUCAUGCACCAUCGCCUGGACAAAACACGGUGAAACCACCAGAGGGCGAUAGAGAGCAGCAUCCAAGUGACCAACUGUAGCCCACAGGCUUGUUUACCCAGCAGGUUCAGGUUGGAUUCACAUCUCCAUGGCAACAGCUUCCCACCAAACAGGUCACACUUCAUAGGUGGAGAAGAAGACAAUAAUGAGUAAAAGGAACGGAUAACUGACAGAUGCUUUAAUCCACAAAUAGGACAGUUUUCCUCUAACCCUGUUGCUCAUCUUUUUACAUUCUUUGACGGAAGUGAAAGAAAAAAAACAAAAAAACUAUUAUUUUAAAUGACGUGUCCUUUCCUUGGUUUCAUGUGAAAGCAGUUAAUAGGUUUUAAACUGAAUGUAACCUGUUUGUGUACAGAUUUUAGAUCUUACUGAUAUUUCAGUCUGAACAAGAACUGGUGUGAGAAUACAAUUUCUGCUUUUACUUUUAUUUUCCCUAAUUUAGCAAGGCCCCCCAAAAAGAGGAAGCUUUUUGCACACCAUCUCAGGAACCUAUGUUUCCGCAGUUGGUACCCUAGCUUGUUUUAUAAAAUUUUUUUCUUUUCUGAAUAGUUUUUAUGCCACUCAGUGCUUUUGUUUUUCUACCUGCUUGCCUUCUCGUGUCCCGUUGCAUUAGAAAAGAACGACUUUUACCAGAUAUAAAGUUGAUCUGGUCUUUGCUUCUGUUGGUUUUGCUAAGGAGCAUGUCAAUUUGCUCUGGGGACUUGUGUAAAUGUUCGACCUAACUAAAUGUGUAGUGGGAAGAAGGGUUUGUAGAGGUGGAAAAAAUGGCAUAGUUGUUUUGGACCACUUUAUUCUGAUGUGUGAUUUAAAUUUUCGGGGUAAGAAGGCCACACAAUGAGAAGUUCUCUACAGUUUAAAACAGUCCUGUGGGAAAAUAGUGCAUCCUACCUGUGUGAUUUACAAAUCCUUGCAGCAUUCAGGUAGAUAUUGGAGCAAUUGUUGCUCCGGUUCUGACCAUCCUUAUUGCUUUAAUCCAACAUUCCACUCUGCAAUUAAAACUACAUUAUAUUAGUGACCUGUGCAGGCUAGGCUGAGGGAUCAGGUAAGGGGGAAGUUGACUGAUUAGCAUUCAAAUACAAGGAGCACAAGUCUGCAAAGGAAGAAGGAAGGAAGACCAGCAGCUGGACAUGAUUGAGAACAAGAAAUCCACAACCAGCACUAAAGAGUCGAGCACAAUGAGACACUGGGUCCACUUUCCUGAGAUUAGGCUCAGAUGAAUUCAUUAACAACCAGUCACCAUAGGAAGGAAGGAGUCUUUCUGAGAUUAGUGUAAACUCUGACUUGGUGAGAAAAACGUGUCCUGUUUGUGUAUCUGAUCACAGAGAUGUUCUUAUCCUAUAUUAUCAUCCCAGUUUUGGCCCCGUAUGUCUCUGCCCUGCAAUAGACUGGUGACCUGUCCAGGGUCACCAGGCCACACCUCUACCGUGACCCUUACGGACGGUUGGAAGAAGAUGGAUGGAAUUUGUUUCCAUAAGAAGUUUGAAUUGUGGAGGGCGGGAUUAAUCUCAUCACAUCAGUAAUAAUUCUGUACUAACAGAUAAAACGGCUAUUAAAGAAAGCUUCCCCCCAUCUGAGGAACUUUAUGCUCACAAACAACACCCUCAGAUGCCCCCUCUAGCUAUCUGUCCUAAAUACAUUAU